AUGAGUUUUACAUCAAUUGAGCAAGCUAUCACACACUUCCAAAACAAUGGGUUUUUAAUUGUUAUGGAUGAUAAGAGUCGUGAGAAUGAAGGGGAUUUAAUAUGUGCUGCAUCUGGCAUGAGCAUUGAACAGAUGGCCUUUCUGGUGCGCCAUUCAUCCGGGUAUGUUUGUGCACCAAUGAAUAAUAAAAUUGCAGACAAGUUAGAUUUGCCAUUGUUACGUGGUGGUAUGAAAUAUACAUCAUACGCUGAUGAUAGACAUGGGACCGCUUACACAAUUACAGUGGAUGUCGCUGAGGGUACAACUACUGGUAUAUCCGCACAUGACCGUACUUUGACUUGUAGAGCUUUGGCCAAUGAAGGUUCAAAAUCUACUGAUUUUUUGAAACCAGGACAUAUCUGUCCGCUAAGGGCUGCUGAUGGAGGUGUUUUGAAGAGAAGGGGUCACACAGAAGCUGCUGUAGAUCUAUGUAGAUUGAGUGGGCUACCUGAAGUAGGUGUUAUUUGUGAGUUAGUCAAUGAUAGAGACGGCUCUAUGAUGAGAUUGGAUGAUUGUGAAAAGUUUGGUAAGGAAAAUAACAUUCCAUUGAUCACAAUUGACGAUCUUGCCAAGUACUUGGAGACUCAAAAUGCUUAG